UUCCCCGCUCGGCCGUCGCUCGCCAAUGACACGUACGACCCAAUCGCCGGCGGCGGGGACGAUGGCGCCCGCGCGAUUCUCCGGCGAAGGGCAGAUCUGCCUCCUCGGGAUGCUCCGCCCGACGCCGCAGGGCGAGCGCUGCCGCAUCGGGUGAGAUGGGGGUGGGGGCAGGGAUAUUUCCGUUUCCUUUUUACCGGGCGCGCGCCCUCCUCGAUUUGGCCCCGUGGAUCUAGCUUAGACGACCGGUGGCGGUCGAAGGGAUCAACGAAGGGCAGUCGCGGCGCUAGGAUGAAUCGCCGCGAGGCCGUAUCGGCUCGCCGCGUCGACAGAGGCUUCUCGUGUUCGUCUUCUUCUCCCCAAACAAACAUUUUAUUUACAGAAACAUAUUUUUUUUACAGGCAAUUUCUAUAUGGUGCACGCCCAAAAUUAUUUACAAUCCUCUCUGGGGGUAACACAAUGCCUUGUCCUGCGAGACCCAAAACUGUUACUAUUUCAUCACACCGAUGCUGAAACUGCUGUAUUUCUCAUUGUUGCGACUGUUGUUAAGUAGUAGAACCAUAUUUUGCUAGACUGAAUUCUUUACUGAAUCUUUCGUAUGUGCAUGUGUCUAUUGCAGGCUGCAAGGCAUCUUGCGAGGUAUCGACCGGCAAAUGUAGUCUACAAUGAGGUAGCUGCUUCGGCGGCGGCUUCAGUUCCUUCUUUCAGGGCACCUGCUGCAAAUGCACCGUCUGGAGCAGGUAGUCUGCUUAGAAAUCUACAGCAGAGGUACCGUUCAAGCUCUGCUGGUCAGAGGGCACGGGGCGUGCACUCUGGCGCCACAUCUCUUUUUAAACAGACUCAUAGCAGCGAUACAGAAAGAGUUAUGCAGAACUUCCGAAAGCUAAAUCGAGGAAUUUCAAGUGCAGCAAGGGAGGAAGGGCGUGUUCUUGGAACAGCCAGUGCACCCUACUACGUAAUAGAGAAAAGCCUACUUAAAAAACAGCUUCUGCGUACCGCUGGAGGCCUUGUAGUUACUGGCGUUGUAAUCUGGGCCUUUGAAAUGAUGGAGGACAUUGAUGUUCGUAAGUUUGAAGGUUUGAAAGAAGUGCCUAAGGAUUUGAUGAACACCAAGUUAAGUGAUGUAAAGGGGGUUGAUGAAGCCAAAGCUGAGCUUGAGAACAUAGUUCACUACCUACGAAAUCCCAGUAGAUUCAACCGCCUUGGUGGCAAGCUUCCAAAGGGCAUUUUGCUUGUGGGCCCACCUGGCACAGGGAAGACCAUGUUGGCAAGGGCUGUGGCUGGGGAAGCCGGCGUCCCUUUCUUUGCGUGCAGUGGCAGUGCUUUCGAGGAGACUUAUGUUGGUGUUGGUGCUAAGAGAGUGAGGGAGCUCUUCCGUGCAGCAAAGAAGCGAGCUCCUUGCAUAAUAUUCAUCGAUGAACUUGAUGCCGUUGGUGGGCGCAGAAACGCACAAGAACCAUCGUGGUCAAAGCAGACUCUGAACCAGCUGCUUGUUGAGAUGGAUGGCUUCAAGCAGAAUGAAGGGAUCAUCGUGAUCGCAGCAACCAACUUCGCUGAGUCGCUAGAUGACGCCCUUGUCAGGCCUGGGCGUUUUGACCGUCAAGUUCGUGUUCACCUUCCCGAUGUUGUGGGCCGAAAGCAGAUCCUGGAGGCUCACAUGUCAAAGGUGCAGAAAGGCAUUGGUGUGAAUGCGAUGAUGACCAUCGCGAGGGGGACGCCUGGGUUCUCGGGUGCAGACCUUGCAAAUCUAGUGAAUGAAGCCGCUCUCAAGGCUUCCAGGGAUGGGGCAUAUGCUGUUAGGAUGGAUGACCUUGAGUACGCCAAGGACAAGAUCAUCAUGGGCACUGAGCGCAAGUCGGCGGCGAUAUCUGAUCAUUCCAAGAAGAUGACCGCGUACCACGAGGGUGGGCACGCCCUCGUUGCUAUCCUCACGGACGGUGCCGACCCUGUUCACAAGGCCACCAUUUUGCCCAGGGGAAAUGCUCUCGGCUUGGUGGCGCAGAUUCCGGGGGAAGACAGCGAGCUCGAAGUAUCGAGGAAGCAAAUGCUGGCGAGGCUGGAUGUCCUCAUGGGAGGGCGGGUGGCCGAGGAGCUUAUAUAUGGAGAAGCUGGGAUCACGACCGGUGCCUCAUCCGACCUAAACCAGGCGACCCAAUUGGCGAAAGACAUGGUCACCAAGUAUGGUAUGAGCAAGCGGGUCGGCCUCGUGACCUACAGCGACGACAACGCUGUUAGCGGUGGUGGCAAGACGAUGACCAUGAGCGGGCCAACGAUGACCCUGGUUGACGAGGAGGUGAAGGCAUUGUUGGACAACGCUUACAACAACGCGAAAACGAUUCUCACGAAGCACCGCAAGGAGCACCAAGCGGUAGCAAACGCCCUCCUGGAGCAUGGGACUCUCACUGGUGACCAGAUGAGGAAACUAGUAUUGAAGCGAGGUUUUAUGUCUUGACAAUUGUGAUCGGGAUCGGGGAACACCUUCUUGGCCAGUGGAGAUGCAUACAUGAAGAAGUGUUGUUUUUUUCCUGAUACUUCUGUUGCGUGUACACGAAAUGUAAAGAGCGAUGCGCAGGGUCUGGAUUUCCUCUGACUUUUGUUUCUCAGGUGUGAAGAGAAACUUGUGCAUAUUGUGUUCUGAAUCAGUAAAACUUGUGGCUUCGGUCUUAAACAACAUCUGAGAUUUA